AUGGUGCUGGUAUACCGGGCGCGUUGCAUUCCGGUGGGCGGAGGUAGAAGUAUGAAAAGGAAAGGGGUAAAGGCAUGGAAAAAUCUGAAGUACGCGCUCGGACGAGAUAGGCGGCUGUCCGACGCCGGAGUUCGGUAUCUUUCCAUUGCGUUUGAAGCAGACGGCAAAUACGCUACGGGACUAUUUUCAGCCGAUGACGAUUCAAAUCUUAAGGAUGAAUUCACGGUACCUCUCCAGGGGAGGUUUUAUUUGAAAAUCGACCGCCACUUCCAUGGAAUCACCACUAUCCUAUCACCUGAGAACGCCGAGGUAGUCAUAGUAGUCGUGCCUGGACUUGCUGGCCAUGCUUAUGGUUCCUUCAAAGAGAGGAGUGGAUCGUUUAUGUGGAUUAUUGACCAUCUACCGAAAGUUCUUCCGCGUGCAAGGGUGCUCUUGUAUGGUUAUGAGAGCAAAAUUGUGGAUGGGCGGGUGGACCUUCGGAUCUCAGAAUUGGGCAGAAUGCUUUGGCGGGUAUUAGAACUACGGGAAAACAUGAUCCAGGGAAAACCGUACGUUUUUAUAGCGCACAGCUUGGGAGGGCUAGUUGUGAAGACAGCUCUCCUAAUGAGCUCUCAAGAGCACUCACAGCUGUCAGCGGCGACUUACGGCGCGCUAUUCUUCGGGGUCCCUAACUUGGGGAUGAAGCAGAGGCAUUUAUUGACUAUCGUGAAGAACUAUCCGGCCGAAGAGUUGGUGGCUAACCUGGCAGAAGGCUCAGAGAUGCUUACAAACCUGAACGCGGACUUUGAAAAGCACUUCGCACGCGCUGACUCGGAGAUAUUCUCUUUCUACGAGUCGGAGCAGAGCCCGAUUCUGGAACUGAGGGACGGGCGGCCAUUUAAUAGCGGCAUGUCUGAGCUCCUCGUAAAUCGAGAAUCGGCCGUACGCUGUCGGCACCAGGAUUAUGAGCGGAAGAGGAAUCACGAGCUACCUCGCAAUCAUUCGAAUAUUGUAAAAUUUUGUCGCUCUGAUAUCGGGGGCCAUCUCGGUAUUGUUAUGGUUCAGCUAGAAGUAAUUGUCAAGGGAGCGUUGCAGAUGCGAUUUAAACAAGAAAUUGAAAUGAAACAGGCUUCUAAGGCGCAUUGUGACUCAGUGCUUCAAGGACGCAGUUGGGAAUAUAUAUUUUACCUCGAUGCUACAAGCCAAAUUACGCUUGAGAACGAUGUUGGUGUUAUCGCGUACCUUCUCGGCUGGGAAACUCAACGUGUGCAGCUUAGCGACCUCUUAACGCGGUUUAUUUCAUGGCAGCGAACUACUAAGAGAUGGCUUCUUAUCUUUGAAAAUACUAGUGCUACAGUGAUUCAAAUCGGAGACCAUCAGAUUACUAAACAUCCAGGAUACUUUGUCGUUAAGGGGGGAUAUGACGGGGGCCUCGUUAUGAUCAUCCGGGAGUCCGCACCACCAAGCCCCCAGGACGUCUCUGGAGUCGCUUCUGUAUGUGUAAAUGAGAUGAGCUUUGAGGAGGCAAUGAAAAUGUUUCGGUCGCGGCUGCGAGACUCAAGAAUCCCGGAGCAAGACCUGGAAAGGCUCGCGGAAGAGGUUGGCUACCACCCAUUGACCAUCGAGGCAAUCGUGGGCUACGUAAGAAGAAACCGAUUUGAACCCUUUUCGGACCAAGUCUUAAGGUUUUUAAAAGGCCUCGAACGACCGAACAAGCUCUCUUUCGCCACUCGUGCCCUCUCAUAG